AUGCGUCGUCUUUUGUUGUCCUUACCUCAGAAUGCUGACUACUCCAGUCAUCCUCAAGUAAAAGAGGCCGCUCACAGUUUGUGCAAGAAAUACCUGGCCAACCAAUGGUCCAAGGCGACGCCGGAGAAAGUGAAAUUGAAACAAAUAACCGGAGGGACCAGUAAUCUGUUGUUUCUGGUGAGUGUCGACCAUCCAGAGCAUGUCAGGCAUGCACCAAAUCAGGUGCUAAUCCGAAUAAACUUUUCCCCAGACGGCGCUAAUCAGUGGCUGACCGAGAGUGUCAUAUUCAGCCAGCUGAGCGAACAGCAAAUCGGCCCCAGACUCUAUGGAGUUUUCGAUCAAGGACGACUGGAAGAGUACAUUCCAGUAAGUUUUGUGUUUUUUUGAGUUUUCUUGUAGUCCCGACCCCUGACUACUCUUGAAUUGUUCCAUGAAGAAUUUAGCACAGAGAUUGCCUGUAAAUUGGCCAGAAUUCAUAAAAUAAAUGCUCCAAUCGAAAAGGAUCCCAGCUUUAUCAUGGCUUGCAUUGGACGGUGAGGUUGACUUAAACAAAUCGUAUGAUUUAUAGAUGGUUCCAAGGGUAUCUUCAAGUACUUAAUGGUGCAAAAGUGAAAGUAGAGGUCCCCGAACAAAGUCACAACAAAUCUGCCACGGUAUUGGAAGAGAACGACUUCUUGAAACAAAUUGAAUUUAUCCGGUAAAUACUAUAUAUCAUAUAUAUGUAUUUCUGUAAUGUCAUCAAAAGCGAAGAGCACUAAACUUUUUGUAUUCAGAACAGCGUUAUCCCGAACCAAUAGUAAAGUCACUUUCUGUCAUAAUGAUCUACAAGAAAACAACAUCCUCCACUUGAAUACACCCCAUCGGGAAAACGAAAAACUAAUUUUCAUCGAUUUCGAAUACUCAUGCUAUAAUUAUCGGUAAGCACAGUACUCCGUUUACUAGGCAUUAUUUCCAGAGGUUAUGACAUUGCCAAUCACUUUGACGAACAUACCAUCAACUAUACUACUCCCGAGUACCCUUACUAUCAUGUUUAUCAUGACAAAGAAGUCGAUGAAGAGCAUAUGUUAAGGUUUUGUAAGAAUUAUCUUGCCGAAUAUGAUGGGAUCGAGCCAUCCGAGGAUGAGGUAAAGAGUCUCGUAGACGAAACGUUACCUUUCAUGCCUGUUUCUGACUUCUUCUGGGCCAUAUGGUCGCUAUAUAUGGGGGAGACAUCUCCAAUUUCUUUUGGAUAUAAGGUAAUUUUCGACUGUUAAAGGACCAGAAAAGGUAUUUUUUGAACCGAUUUUUUUAUCGGCGUAAUCAGGCAAUUUCGUGGCGGGACCAUCAAGGUAUGUAUGUGUUCUCGAUUUUUAGAAUGGAGAAUAAACUUCUCCUGUGAAUUUUUAAUGGCUGAUUGGCCCAAAAACAUUGCUUCACAUGUUGAAUGAGCUGGGUCAUUCCAGGAACUCGAUGAAAAACAUCAAAACCGUUCAUGUAAGUUGUUUUUUUGCCCUUCAGUUACUUUUUUAGGUAUCUCUCCAUGAGCAAUAAAGAUUGGACAAUUAGAAUCGAUUAGAUUGUGCAUCCGGGACCUGUGGAAGGGUAUGGUCGAGGGAAACGUGGUGAACAGGUGAGAGUUUUACAUUUUUUGUUUGUUUUUUAGACCGGGAUCAUGGAUAAUAUAAUUUUUAUCAGUGAAAUUAGGGCCCGAACUUUAGUUAAGAACUGUAUGGAGUAGUCCAGGCGUUGAUGCACGUUUUACAGAACAGAGCAUGUUUUUACUCCGUUUUUAUCAGAAGUAUGCACUUUUGCCAUGGAUAAUAUCAAAAUUUUGGCUAAAACUUGCUUUUUGGGUAAUAAUCUUGAACUUUUUGGCAAUAGAUUGUUUGUAUUCAUUUUAUUUCAGGUUCCUGGUAUGUCCGGAAAAGACUACGAUGCUGGAGACUAG